AUGUUGCCGUUGAGGCGAGCUCCCACACAUGGGAGGAAAUGGCCGGAUGGAGCUCUUCCGGGCAGGAUCCUCCCAAUAGUGGAAGAGUUCGACAAGUCGACGCAGAGCACAAGGCCAGCACAAGACCGAGUCCUGCACGGACGCAUCACAAAGAACGAGGUGGUGAAGUCAGCCAAUGUUGAUGAAAGCCCAAAGGUCUCUGCAGGUACGAAAGAGAGUGGUUCACCGUGGCUUGACACACUUGAAACUAAAGAUGAGUGCUUUCAAGAAGAGAUCCAAAGAUACGGUCGUGAAGGGGAAGGCCGCGAUAGUGAUGGGACUCCAGAGAAAGGCAUGACGAUGACGACUGCAGAGAUCCCCAUUCCUGUUCGCUUGCAUGUCGCAUUCAAAUAG